GGAAUUAAUAACUUGUAUAGUUUAAAUUUUUUGACAAAAAUUCUCCAUAGCAUAUAUAUAUGUAUGUUAAAAAUUGCAAACUGAAUACCACCCACUCGCAUGUUGAAAAUUAACUUUCAGCUUUAUUUAAAAAUAAUAAAAUAUAUAUUCAUAAUAUGCAUAUGUAUGCGCGAUAAGAGGUUGUAUUUGUGUAUACUCGAUCAUAUUAUAUUAGUCACACUUGAUGAGUGCGAACGAGAACCUCCUGUGCGUAACGCAUGUUUGACACAAUGGUACUCUUUUAUUGCUUUUACGAUAUAUAUAAUAGAUUUCUGUCAAAAUUAUAAGUUAGUAUUUAUUUAUAUAAAAAUGCAUAAAAAGAGGUUGGCUGUCAAGGUUAAGUUGCCUUCUUCUUCCAUGUUAAUAAAAACAACUGAUGAAAUUGAAAUUCUCUGUGUACAAAAGUAAUAGGAUAAUCAGUUUAGUUUUAAAAUUAAAUGCGCAUAAUACUUGGUGACAAUCUCUUUAAACCUCAACAAAUAACUACCAGAUUGACACAGUGUGUAUAUAUUUGCUUAAACGGAAAACUAAUGCAUGACAUUUACAAUUUUUUAAUCGAAUAUAGGUUAAGGACACAUUUGUUCACUAAAUGUUUUUUGUAGUUAAAUAUCAAUUUUUCAAAUUACUCAAAUUUAGAGCAAAGUUAAUAGAAAUGUAAUUAUCGCAACGUCAUAUUCAAAUUAACUUUUUUUGUAGAAACAAGUAUUUUAUUUUAAUAGUAUGUGUGUGAAUUAAGUUUAAACUAUUUCACAAGUUUAUUUCAAUGAAAUUGAUUACGACUUUUAAAUGUAAUCAUUCACAUAAAUUGACGAUAGUAUAGUGCAGUGAAUGUACAGGGAUAAAUUGAGACAAAUUAAAGGUUCAUUCCUUAAAUUCGCGAAUUGAAACAAAUUAUAUGAGUGUUCCGUUCAAUUUCUGCUAAAGAAUUCAAGAAGAUGAAAAGUCAAGAUUGUCGACAAUUCAUAUCAUAAGGAUGAUAUUAGAUUCAAAGACUUCAACUUUACACAGUGAUUACGGAAGUUUUAAUAAACCGUUUGGGGAAAUAAUUAUUGAAAGCGACAACACUGUUGUUGAUGGAAGACGUAGUGAAAUGGCUCAAUCGAGUGAUGUUUAUCAAAGACAGCCUUUGCUACCUGGUACAUCAUCAAAAAAUAAGGACAAGUGGGGAGCAUUGGGUUCUACUUCCAAUUAUUUUAACCACGAUAAAAUUGAUGAAUUGAGUCAGGAAGGACUUAACUCUGGAGUACCAAAUAUUUUGAACAGUGGCAUUGUUAAAUUAGAUAUACCGGCUCCUUUGAGAGAAGAAUCUAGAUUUCCUAAAGAAAAAUGGAAAACCUUCACUGCAUUUUUAUUUAUGGCUGUAAAUUUUGUUUUUACAACUGUAUCUCUGGCCAUGGUUCAUGACAGAGUACCAGACAGAAACAUUUACGAUCCUCUUCCUGAUAUAUUUUUGGAUAAUGUAACCGGACAGGACUGGGCACUUAAUGUUUCUGAAGUUUUAAUUAUGAUAGUGUCAAAUUCAGCAGUUAUUUUAAUUAUCUUUCAUAAACACAGAUUUAUUGUUCUGCGACGAAUUUUCCUUCUCUUAGGACUUUUAUACAUGAUGAGAAGUAUAACUAUGUUUGUUACAGUUUUACCUGUAUCAAGUAAAACAUAUUAUUGCAGUCCUAAAGCAAAUAGUACAACUCCGAUACUUAUAACGAAAAGAGUUUUUCAGUUACUGUCUGGUUUUGGAUUGUCCAUAAAUGGGAAGCACACAUAUUGUGGAGAUUACAUUUAUAGUGGGCACACAGUCAUUCACGUUCUGAGUUACCUUAUUUUCAAAGAGUAUUCACCUAAAAGAUGCUUAUUAUUACAUUGGCUUACCGGAUUGACGGCGCUUGUAGGUGUUAUUAUGGUAUUAGUUGCUCAUGGUCACUACACUGUAGAUGUCCUCAUUGCAUAUUAUGUAACAACACGUUUAUGGUACAUUUAUCACACGCUUGCAAACAACAUCAAUUUGAAGCAACAUGGUCCAAAUAAUAGUUUGGCUCGUCUUUGGUGGUUUCCUCUAUUCAAAUACUUUGAGAAAAACGUUGGUGGCCCCGUACCCCGACAAUACGACUGGCCUUUUCCAUGGCGUCGAAGAUUUCUUACAAAACAUCCAAACAGAGACAGUUAAUGUAAAUAAAUUCUUUGUAACAAAAACUUGAUUUGAAAAAAUCGUUUUCAUGUAAAUAUACACUUCUCUUGGAAUACUACCACUUACACGGAAGAACAUUGUUUGCCGAAAAGUCGGGAACUGUUACCGUGCACCUAUCAAAAAGUGAAAAUUUGAAUAAUGAUAUUUAUAAAGUCAAAAUAAUUCUAUGAUUGUUUUAAUGUCUGAAAUAAUUAUAUAUGUGAUUAUUACGUUUCUAAAAUUCAAACUA